GCUUUUUCGGCUUGGGUUGCCUCACUCACACCAUCACCCCCAUAUUUUUCUCAAAGAUCCUCAGUCAUCUAACUAUAAGCUGUAUGAAGAGAUCGAAGAUUUGUUUAUAUAUAUUAUAUAUAGAUAUAUUACUUACUUUAAACAUUCAUAUUAUAUUAUUAGGUGAUUUUUAUCUCAAUUGAUACUGUAUUAACUAAACUCAAUUAAUUAUUAUACAUCAUAAUGUCUACAACUAGAAGAUUUUAUAAACCCUUACAAGAUUUCAUCAACUCCACAGCUGAUUUUAGGAUAAUUUAUACUAUAGCCAAACAUCCUGACAAUGGUAAUGUUGUGACAAGUAUAUCACAUCCAAAUGCCAAUUCUGAUCAUGUUCUUUCUCCUAAUACAAGAAGAAUAUGUGUACUUGAUUCUUCAUUCAAUCCUCCUCAUUUAGGACAUUACACUCUUAUUAAAGAAUCUCUUAAUCCCCAUCAUUAUUUUCAAGAUACAACUCCAAAUCCUAAUGAACAUGAAUUUGUCGAUAAAGAAGAUGAUAAGGCAAUUAUACUUCUACUUUCAGUUAAAAAUGCCGAUAAAAUUAAACCAGUACCAGAAUCUUUUGAAAAUAGAUUAGAAAUGAUGUAUUUAAUGGCUAAUGAUUUAUCAGUAAAGUUUCCUAAUUCUAAGUCAAUUAGCAUUGGUUUAACAAAACAUGCAAAGUUUGUAGAUAAAUCAAUUUCAAUAUUGAAUUAUUUACAUUCUGAUGAUUUUAAUUGCAACUACCUUUCUCCACAUAUAAAAUUAACCUUUUUAGUAGGCUUCGAUACGUUAUUAAGAAUUUUCAAUCCAAAAUAUUACUUACCUGAUAAAUUAUCUACUUCUUUGGAAGAAUUUAUGACUUCAACGGAUUUGUUCUGUUUAACUAGAAAUAAUGACGAAGUGGCUGAUUUAGAACAAUCUAAAUAUGUAGAAGAUAUAAAGCAAGGUAAGCAUAUUGAUAUUCCAACCCAUUGGUCAAACAAUAUCUUCUUAAUUAAUAAUGGAGAAAAAAUUAGUCUUAUUAGUUCUUCUAAUAUAAGAGCAAGUGUGAAGAGUGGUUCAGAUGAUUGGCAUAAUAAGGUUAGCUCUGAAAUUAAAGAUUUUAUAAUCAAAGAAAAAUUAUAUCGUUAGUCAUUUAAAUACUACUUAAUGAAAUUAAAAUAAACAUUACUACAACAGAGAUAUUUGCAACACCGAUAGUAGAAGUUCCAGAAUUAUAUGAUAUUCCGUAUGGAAGUGGUUCUCUCAUAGUUUUUCCAUUGGAAUCAUUAACAUUAUUAUAAUCAUUUGAAUUAUUGAUAUCAGUGCUUUUACCGUUAGAAUAAUUAUCUGUUGAUCCAUA